CCAUGGCUGAAUUCAUUGUAGUUCGUAUAUGCUCAAGAAAUAACGUGAAGAACAAACCAUUUGUUACACACACAUCAAAUUACAACACUGGUGCACGUGAACAGCUGAUUUGAAAUCAAACAAAACAUUCAACAAACCUUCCAUGUGCGAUUUACAAAUUUGUUUAAUUUUUUGUUGUAAAUAUACAAAUCACUUGUUCAAAUAUGGGAAAUUCAAGGCCUAAAGGGAAAAGUAAUAAUGCUUUUAAGGGGCACCAGCAAAAUAAGCGUAAACUUUUAAAUAAUGGAAAUUGGAAUUAUAAGUCUAAUAAAUCUAAUUUGCCGAACACAAACCAAUGGCGCCGGAAAAAGCCACAAGAUGAGGCCAGGAAGCAAAAAAUAAAGGAACGCGAAGAACUAAGAGCGCAAAAAAUUGCAGAAUCCAAAGCUGAAAAAGAGCGUGUGCAGCGUGAAAAAGAGGAACGCGUACGUAAUUACAAGAAGAAACGUUUAGAGAAAACAAAAGUGAUCAGCAAGAAAACCAAACGCGGUCAGCCGCUAAUGAAGGAUCGCAUGGAAUUGUUAUUGAAACAAAUACAAGAAAUGAAGCGUGGGGCAUAGUUAAGAACCAUAGGCAAUAAGAAAUAAUUGUUAGGAUUAAAUAAGAAUUUAUUACGCAAACCAGAAAUAAACAUAUUUCCCAUCAAGAUUUAUAUAUCUAGUGUUAUAUUUAAUGUUAGAAAAUAAAUAAAAAUUUAUUAAUAAAAAAAAUAAACGAUAGUAUUAAGUGCAUCUGUCGCCUUUUCUGUACUUUAAUUAAAAAUUCAAUAAAUAUAUAAAAAAUUAAAAUAGUAAAAGUAUUGAAUGCUUAUGGAAAUAAUCUUUUUAAAAAACUAAAACUUACCGAUCCAAACAAGGUUAGAUCUUUCUCUUACUUUAUGUUUAAUGUGAAAUAAUAAAACUGCUUUCAGUUAUUUAAAAAUACAUUUGCACAUAAGGCAGUUGUAAAGCUUGACUAACACAUCUUGACCCUUAAGUCUCAUUCAUUGCAGCCGAAAACCAAGUUAUAUAUAUGUCAAUGCUUGAAUUAAAUUAACUUCAAACUACUUGCUGAGCAAAAUGCAAUUAUUCUUCGAUUUUCUACUCCAAAAUUUUGUGGCAUGAAAGAAUUUUAUUUUUCAAUCCAAACAGAAAAAUUAUACAUUUUACCAAUAAAAAUUAAAUCUAUUUUAAUAAAAUUGCUUUAUAACUAAAUUCUUAAAAUGGCGCAAAAUUUUCUGUACAUGUUCGAAUUUGUGGUCGAUGAUCUGUUGAUAACACGGCCAAAUCAUUGCGCCCCAGAGGAGUACCCCACGUGCUGUGAAAUCUCUUUUCGUUCCAGCGUUUUCGUCUCCAUAUGUGAUCGCGAGUUCGGUCAAUGCGUCGACGUUUGCGCACCUAAAUGUGGCAAAUGCUGUCUCUUCUCACUGGAGUCGCCAGUAACGGAAAAAGAUCGUCUGCUAAUACACAUUUAUAAGAAAAAAACCGAUAAAUGCAAAUUCCUCGUCGGUGCUACAGACAUACCAAUCAAGCCACUUUUCGAUAAGGUAACAGAAAGCUUCAAUAUUGAAAAUCCAAAUUGGUUGGAGCAACUGGUCAAACAUACAGCACGUAUGCCUGAUCCGAAAACACCAUCUAAGACUACAGUCGUCGAUAAUGAUUGUGAUGACGAAACUUUUGGACGCCGUGAACAAAUGUGUCCCACAUCGGAACUAACAAAGCGUCUGCUGCCGCUAUUCAAUAUGAAACACAUGCAAACCGGCAAUUUAGUACUCAUAAUGCGACUUGUUUGUAAUGGACCAACGAUUGUAUCCAGUUUUCCAUUCUCACGCAUUUGUUCGACGGCUUGUGGUAAAAAGGUUACACCAUGCCCAUCUACUUGUCCGGCCAUAGCAUCCAAGCCACAAAGUGUAUGCCCAAUGCCAGAUCCUUGUGCACCGGAUCCGGAAAAGAAAAAACCCAUAUGUCGUCGCUACUUUGCUUGUAAUGCCGACAAGGGUUGUCCUUGCGAAGAGUGUGAAGACUAUUGUGACAGGGAAUGUCCCAGUGGUUGUAAGAAAAAGAAAAAGCUACCAUCGCAAAAUAUUUGCUGUCCACCACCGCCGCCCUGUUGCUCUCCGCCGCCUUGUUGUCCACCGCCGCCUCCAUGCUGCGCGCAACCCGACCCUUGCCAACAAAAGAAGGAACCGCGCACAGAUAUGUGUCAACGAUACUUUUCCAACGAGCCGAAGGGCUGCACCUGUGAAGAAUGCAUGGACGAAUGCGAGGCGGGAAGCAGCGAAGAAGAAUCGGAUACUUGUCAACAAUGUGUUCCACCACAAAUUAUGCCGCCUUGCUUUAUUGUUCCCACUAAGCCCGAACCAGGCCCUGAGGCCUACGAAGAGUUCGAGGCUUGCCUAAAUGGUAGUGGUCUGGUAAUACGUGUUCUCAAGAAUACGCAUCAAGUGGAGAGCAUUGAUGAUGGUGUUCAGGAUAAUAUUGAUAGUGGGAGUGAUUGUGAUGGCAAGAAUAAUGCGGAUAACAACAACAAUCGCUGUGAAACCAUAAAUGAAAUACUACAACGCAGCAAUUUCGCCAAAAAUCACGUAAAACGACGCACUAACGGUCACAUCAUCAACGGACCGAAAUUACCAAAAAUCCGUGCCAAUAUCAAAUAUGCCGGCAAUGAUUCAUGCGAACCAGACAAUUACUGCGUGCCCUUCAAUAAAAUCAAAUCAAUCUGCAAUGCGGAACAAAAACUUGAACUCUAUCGACGAAAGGGACCCUGCUGCACAGACGAUUGUGGACCGAUUGCGCCGCCACUACAUCCACAAGAUGUCCGUAACUGUUGUCUACAAGUCGAUCCUCAGGAGAUCAAGGACACUUUGAAGGGCAUAAACGCCGAUACUCGCAAGAAAGGCAUUGAGGUUUGCUACAAAACUUGCGAGGACACAGACAGCGACGUCUUCUUAGUGAAAUUAGGCAAUAAACAGCAACAUCGCCGUAAACGCAAUACAAUCGAAAUCGAAUUGAAGACGCCGAAGCAACCGAUUGUGUUGCCAAAACAGAAAAUGACCACUGAGACACAGAUCACCGACAAGGAGCUGGACGAAGCGCUUGCUGCACUCUGCGGUGGUAAGAAGAAGGGAAAGAAAGGGAAAAAGGGAAAGAAGAAGAAGAAGUAAACUUAAAAAUUAACUGAUAUUUCGCGCUAAAAUCAAAAUGUAUUUAAAUUGAAUUUUUUACAUUCUGUUUAAAUCAAUAAUUAUCAUAUUUACGAUUAAAACAAAAAACAAAACAAAAAUAACAAUUCGCAAUUGGUAGCUAAAGCACGCAAAAUUAACACAGAGAA